AUGCCCACCGUCUACACCCUGGGGCUAACCGUUGUGGCCACCCUUGCACAUCUCCGCGGCGCCGCUGCCCUCGUGGCCUCCCUCGGGGGCGCUCAGCCCUUCGGCCCGCAGGGCGCAGGGGAGGCGCCGGAGUGGCUCCUGGAGCCGUGGGAGCUGGCCGCGAGGGACAGGCGACGGGCCCAGGGGCUCGCCGACGGGAGCCCCGAGGGGUCGCCGCUGGAGCCGAAGGAGGUGCUCGCCCUGGGAGCCCGGGGGGAGCACGUGGCCGAGGGCGCGGGCCUCGCUCCGCGCGGGCACGCCGGGCCCCGGGGCGAGGGCGGGCUCUUCGCACCGAACGAGAGCAUCCUGAGCUUCGAGCAGCCGGGCCAGUGCUUCGCCUUUCCGAUCGCGGACACGUAUCUGCGGAACUGGGAGCGGAUCGACGCGGAUGUGGGGAGGGGCAGGCAGCAGGCGCGGUCGAUGAGCGUUAUUUUCGCGGGCCUCGUCCGCAACGCAGAGAGCUCCGUGCGGGAGAGCUACAAGAUGUUGAAGCGUAUCGCCGAACAGUUCCAAGAUUACAGGUUUCUCUUGUUCGAGAACGACUCCUCGGACAAGACCGUCCAGGCCAUGGCACUCAUAGCAGCCAUGGAUCCACGGUACCAGUUUCGAACCAAGCGGUUGUUGAUGGGCGACGAGAGAGGGCUGGAGCGGUCUCGAAUGGAGCGGAUGGCCACUCUGCGGAACGCCGUGCACGAUUGGGUGCGAGAGGUCGUCCUCCAGACCCAUCCUGCCUCGUCCAUCGGUGGGAUCUAA